GUAAUUAAACCUGGUUCAGCCAGUGUAAAAAAUAUUGCGACCAUACGCAAGUCGUAAGCGGCAAGAUGAAGAGAUUUGAAGAGAGGAGGCGAGACGAGAGGUCGAAGAGAGUGGAGCAAGAGGGCCACGGAGGGUGAGGAGGCUAGGAGGAGGCGUUUACGUCGUUUACGAUUCGACGUGGCGAAACUGAGUGAAACUGGGCGAAAUGCGAAAAUCUUGAUUCAUCUGGAUCUGGAUCGAUUGGAUGUUCCACGACCUCGCUGUUGGACCUGCUUGGACCGCUCGAAAGUUCCUCGUCGUGCGAAUUGACGUAAAUGCAGAGAAUCACGAAUGAAAAAUUAUCGGAUCAACGGAUUCUGACGAUCCUCGAUCGAGUGCAGCCAAGACUGCCAAGUUUUUGGAAUUCACAUUCGACUGCACUCGCCAAUCGCAACGUUUACUCGAUUAUGUGUCAUAUUUUGUGAUAACAAUACUACGUCACUGUCGCCCUGGUAUCGCGAUAAGGUCAGUUUAUCCUCGAUUAUCGCUGCGAGGUUAGACAGUUCUCUCGGAUUCUACGAAAUGUAGCACACGGUCUUUUCUAACAACUUCUGCACGAUUAAUCUGUGGAUGUCAUUGUACAAUAAAUAAUGGCAAGCGAAUCUUGGAAUGUCUUGGUAACGGGAGGCGCUGGUUAUAUUGGUUCUCAUACAGUAUUGGAAUUGGUACAGGCGGAUCUUCGGGUGGUGGUAAUAGACAACCUUAUCAAUGCACACAAAGACUCAAAUUCUGAGAAACCAGAAUCUCUCCUUAGAGUGGAAAAAUUGACAAAUAAAAGUAUUGUAUAUAUCGACAGUGACAUCACAAACAUCAAUGAUCUAAGAAGUGUAUUUCAGAAACAUACUUUUCACUGUGUUAUACAUUUUGCUGCAUUGAAAGCAGUUGGUGAGUCAUGUCAGAAACCACUCGAAUACUAUAAAACUAAUGUCAGCGGCACAAUAAAUUUGCUACAAGUUAUGCGGGAAAGCAAUGUAAAACGUUUUAUUUAUUCAAGUAGUGCCACAGUUUAUGGUGUACCUGAGCAACUUCCUUUAGUAGAAGACAUGAAAACUGGCAACUGUACAAAUCCAUAUGGAAAGACAAAGUUUAUGGUGGAAGAAAUACUAAAGGAUUUAUGUACAUCUGAUAAGGAAUUUUCCGUUAUAUCUUUGAGAUAUUUUAAUCCUGUCGGCGCACAUCCCUCAGGUGAAAUUGGAGAAGAUCCAAACGGUAUUCCAAAUAAUUUAAUGCCCUACAUUGCACAAGUUUCUGUUGGAAAAAGGGACACGUUAUACAUUUAUGGCAAUGAUUAUGAUACCCCUGACGGUACAGGUGUGCGUGACUAUAUUCAUAUUAUGGAUCUGGCAGUUGGACAUAUGAAAGCUGUAAAGUAUCAAAAAACUCGUAAUCCAACAGGAUUUAAGCCGAUAAAUCUUGGUAGUGGAAAGGGCUAUUCUGUGUUUCAAGUUAUACACGCGUUUGAAAAAGCAUCCGGACAGAAAAUACCAUAUAAGAUAGUUGAACGUAGACCAGGUGAUAUCUCCGCCAGUUACGCAGAUGCUAGUAUCGCUAACAAGGAACUAGACUGGACUGCUACAAAAAAUAUGGAUGACAUGUGCGCAGAUACGUGGAAAUGGCAACAAAAUAAUCCAAACGGUUAUAAACUUUAAUAAAUAUUAUGCUUAAAUAAUUAAGAGAAGCAUUUAGAGCUUCUAGCUUGCUAUUGCAUUUUGUCUUCUGCAUAUCAUUGGAUAGAUAAUGAAACCAUGGUGGUAUACAGUUACCAAAGUUUAGACCAAAGCAUUAAAAAAAUAAUUUUUUAU